AAAUUGUUCAAAAACGGUUUUUUCGCUAUCAGCUGAUCAUGAGCUGAUUCAAUCAUACAAGCAGCAAAUAUAGCAGUAUCUAAUUUUUGACCGCAUGUGCAGUUGAUAUCGACUUUUCCUACAAACCUAACCUCUAGAUUUGAAAAUCCAACGAAAAUUUAUAUUGUUUCAUAUUAGAGAGUUUGCAUGUACAAAAUAAUAUAACAAUAAGAAUACAAUUAUAAAAUUUUUCGAAAGUACCAGUUCAUUUUUUCGUGACAGUAGACUGAAAACGUGAAAAAUGAACACGAUUCACAGUGAAUCAAAAACCACAGAAGUUAGAGAUGUUAAAAAUGUCUUUUUGCUGUCAAUGAUUUCCGGGGCAGCCGCUGGUCUCAUAUGCGAUGUAGUAUUUUUUCCUCUUGAUACCCUCAAAACUCGACUUCAAAGCCAACAUGGAUUCAGACAAUCUGGUGGUUUUAAGAAAAUGUAUAAAGGUGUUACACCGGUCAUCAUAGGAUCUGCUCCUUCCGCUUCCCUUUUUUUCGUGACUUACGAAGGAUUCAAAGAAUUCACGCAACCUUUACUUCCUGUGCAGUAUCAUUCAUUUAUUCAUAUGACCGCUGCAUGUAUGGGAGAAGCUAUGGCCUGUCUAAUAAGAGUUCCUGUGGAAGUAAUGAAGCAAAGGAAGCAAGCUCUCCUCAAGGAUACUCACAGGCUUGCCCUUAAAACUCUUUAUCGAGGAUAUGGGAGCACUGUUUUGAGAGACAUGCCAUUUGGACUUAUGCAGAUGCCAAUGUGGGAAUACCUCAAACUUUGUUGGAAGAGACGAGUUGGUCGUGACUGCACGCCUUUUGAAGGGGCAAUGUGUGGGGCUGGCUCUGUCGCUAUGGCUGCUGGUCUAACGACGCCACUGGAUGUCGCGAAAACGAGAAUAAUGUUGUCGAGUACAUCAGCGGAGAAGGCAGAGGUUAAAAUAGGUGUGAUGUUGAAAGAAGUUUAUCGAGAAAGCGGAGUCCGGGGUUUGUUCGCUGGCUUCUCACCACGAGUCGGAGGCUUCACUUUAGGUGGUUUUGUAUUUUUCGGCGUUUAUGAGCAAGUUCGAGCUCUGUGUUCCCCUUUUCUACCCUGUACUGUAACUCGAACAAUAUAGUGAAUAUGAUGCAUAAUAAUAUUUAAUUAUCGGAGACGCACGAACAAAACUUAUCAGGGAAAAAUAUGUUUUUUAUCGACGCUCGUUGUGUGCUCGGACCAAGAAAAAGAACUUAAUUGAAAGUAAUCAGCACAUGAUACGAGAAAAGAUUGACUUUUUCAUCGCUAUUUCGUUGAUUUUCACCACGGUCGCAUUUAUCGUUGCAUUUAAUUGCAGCGAAUUUCCCUUUACGCUGUACCUCACACGCAAUAUUUCGCACAGUUGUUACGAAACUCACGUUUCGGGAGAUCUAAGUCGGAUUUCUUCAGUCUUGUCCAUGUUUCUGUGAAUAUUGUGUAUAAAAAUGAAUUUAUUCGAAUUUCGUCUGUUACACUUUUUAGUCAUCCGAUCAGAGACGAGUCUGAUUUAGUCUCUUGAUAGUUUAGUUAGGUUUUGAUUAAUAAUAUAUUAAGUAGUCAAUUCUUAGAACAUUUUCUUCUAUUAUAUAAAUUUCAUGUGAAUGUACGAUUUGAUGUGAAUUCGAUGUCAUCAAUCGACUCGUGCAGCAAUACGCUUUCUAUACGUCGAAAAACAUGAAUUUUUAAGGAGGCUAAACUUGGAAUAUAAAUAAAAUUUUGAACUUAUCUAUGUAAAAUGAUAA